AUAAAGUUCAAUGAAUUUGCCGUGAGAUAACCAUUUAGUUGAACAGUGUCUAACAAUGAAAUUAUUCGCUUUUCUAACAUGGGUGGUUCUAGUUUGGCAAGAAAAUUUUCGGCCUGGAUGUGAAGCUCAAUCAAGGGUCAUGGGAGGAAUUCCUGCACAACCUGGAGAAUUUCCGCAUCUUGUUGUUCUAAUGAGUGGAAGGAACACAAUGAUUUGUUCAGGAUCGAUUAUUUCGGAGAAUUGGGUCCUAACAGCAGCCCACUGUCUCGCCCUAAACAUUCCAACAACAACUUACAUCCUGGCAGGAACGACAAGCUAUAGGGAAGGUCAAAAGUAUCAAGUUCAGAAAAGGAUCAUCCACGAAAAAUACAAUCCACGCUUACUUACAAGUGAUAUAGCCCUAAUAAGGGUAGCAAAACCGUUUCAGUUUUCUAGACUGAUUAACAAAAUUUCAGUUAACCCCCGGGAAUUUUCUUCCGGUGAAAUUGCAGAAAUUGUUGGUUUUGGAAUAAAUGAUUCUGGUUACUCUGGCGUACUUUACAAAGUUGAUGUGAAAGUUUCACAUUGUUUGGAGCCACGUCCUGCUUACAUUUGCACCUUUUCCGUUGAUGGUGGAUCAUGCAAUGGAGAUUCAGGAGGUCCUUUGCAGCAUAAUAACUCCAUUAUUGGGAUCACUUCGCAUGGAAUCGAUCCUUGCGCUAAUGGAGUAACACCUGACGUUUUUACCAGAGUAUCUAGAUACUUCCAAUGGAUUGAACAAAAUACGAAAUAUUGAAAAAGUUUUGACGGAUUACCUACUAAACGACGAUCCCAUUCCUUGAAUAAAAUUUUCCUUAAAAGAA